UAGAGCGAAAACUGUAAUGACAGAAAAAACAGUCUCUGCUAUGAGACGAAAAGGCAGAAACACAGCAGAGACAGGAGCAUAGCAGAAAGAGAUCUCAGAAGAUAUGGCGGAUAAAUUAUCAUCAGUUGCGAAGACUUUUUCUCCUUCGCCUAUCCAACAACUCUCUCACCUCGCUCAGCAAUGUAACGCCAUCAACCUCGCCGAAGGUUUCCCAGACUUCCCUGUUCCUUCCCAUAUCAAAGACGCCGCGGUUUCCGCCAUCAACUCCGACUUCAAUCAGUACCGGCAUGUGCAAGGACUCUGCGAUUUGUUGGCGAAAAAGGCGAAGGAAAUUCACGGCCUAGACGUUGACCCCCUGACUGAUAUAGCCAUUUGCUGUGGGCAAACCGAGGCAUUUGCGGCAACUGUUUUUGCCGUAAUAGACAAAGGUGAUGAGGUUCUGCUCUUUGAUCCUUGUUACGAAACAUACGAAGGAUGCAUAACCAUGGCGGGCGGUGUCCCAGUAUUUAUGGCGCUUGAUCCUCCCCAUUGGACUUUGGAUCCGGAGAAGUUCAAGAAGGCUUUCACUGACAGAACGAAAGCUGUGGUGUUGAACAGUCCUCACAAUCCAACAGGCAAAGUUUUCCAUAAAGAUGAACUGGAGAUUAUAGCUGAAGUUUGCUGCAAAAGGGAUUGCCUAGCUAUAACGGACGAAGUUUACGAGCACAUAAUAUUUCAUGAUGAAAAGCAUAUAUCCCUUGCCUCACUCCCAGGAAUGCAAGAGCGAACUAUCAUCACAUCUUCCUUGUCUAAAACUUUUAGUGUUACAGGUUGGAGAAUUGGAUGGGCAAUUGCUCCAGCUGUCAUUGCAUCUGCCAUCAGAAACAUCCAUAUUAGAGUUACCGAUUCUGCUCCAGCACCUUUUCAGGAGGCUGCGUUGAGUGCUUUGAUGAGCCCUCUAAAUUACUUUGAAUCGUUGAAAAUGGAUUAUGAAUCGAAAAGAGAUUACCUUGUCAAGUUGCUUUCUGGGAUUGGUUUCCAGAUUCACUUUAAGCCGCAAGGUGCAGUCUUCGUAUUUGCAGAGCUUCCAGAGCAUUGCUUACUUUCUGACUUGGAAUACGUUCAAGAAUUAAUAAAUCAAGCAGGAGUAGUUGCUGUACCAGGAUGUGGAUUCUUUCGCACAAAUUUCCCGUCUGAGGAUCUAUCUCAGAUAAGUCAUAGAUAUCAGAGAAGAUAUAUCAGGUUUGCUUUCUGCAAAAGCAAUGCUACUCUGGCUGCUGCUGCACAAAAGCUCGUCGAUGCUAAGAACCACCUUAACCUCCAUUGAUUUAGUCCAACGGGUAUUUAUACAUUUCUUAGUAGCACAAAACUGUAUGAAUUUUAAGCUGUUAAAACUGUUUUGUUAAAAGCAUUAUGUACAUUAUGAUUUAUUUCAAUAGAAGUUGAAAAAUAUAGUAAGCCAGUGCAAAA